AUCACAAAUUUCCUUUCUGACUAGGAUGCCCCUAUCCCGGUUGGGUCUAAUCACCAUGUGAUUUUGCACUUGUCGCUGUAGCAACGGCGCCCCAGCGAGAAAAACACCCGAGCCGACAUCAUACUGUCUCUCAUAGCCCUGCUUUACUGCUCUCAUAUUGCGCGCUGUCUCAUUCAAGACCAUCUCCUACUCAAGACAUCUAAAUUCUGUCAAUUCUUGUCGGACAAUCGCUUGUUCCUCGAGAUUCAAUUCCAGACACGAAAUCCUAUGACGCAGAUGACUACAAAGUAAACAAACAUUAUUCAACUGCGGCCCGGCGCAUUCCACAGCGCAAUACGCUUCCAACAUCACAAUCAGUAUGGACGGCCCAAACACUCCAGGAGGACGUCCUCCAAUGUAUUCCGAACCCCCAUCGUACGGUGAAGAGGAUGGUUCCACACCAACAGGUCAACCAAGCAACUCGUCACACGUCCGAUUGUUGACAUCCGUCGACGAGCCGGAGAUGCGUCCGUAUGUACAACCAGCUCAGUACCAGUCUCAAUCUCAGUUCCAGAUUCAACCUGAAUCCCAAUCCAAAACUUUACUACCUCGACCUUUGGCAGUCAAGCUGCAAAGAAAGAAAGUCCAGCAGAGACCAGUCCCGCUCUCAACCCCCGAGCACCUCGCAUCUCUCAAGGAAGAAGAAGAGGUUGUCUCCUCGUCGAAGACCUGCAAGCUGCAGAAAAGAUCUUCACCGAGAGCAACAGCGUCAGCGGCAUUGAUAGGCACAGACAUGGACAUCGUGCACGGCUUGCCAUCUAUCCCAGAGGGUCCUUCUCGCAGACGCAGUCUCAGGCACCCCAUCCACUCCCCUCUGUCUCAAUUAGAAGCCUCUUUGAAGAAUCAGUCAAGCUUACAUAAUUCCCCUCAUAGUCAUUACACACCCCGCAGAUCCUACCAGCCGUCUGUGAAUUCAGAAACGGCUCCCUCCAUCAUCGAUUCUGCGCCAGACAUGCCACCUCCGAGCUCGACAUACAUACCUUAUUCUCCUUCUGGACGUACAUCGCCUACAAGAUCGUGGAGUCCUUCGCGGGGAUCCGCUGAAUAUAUCAGACCUCCUCCUCCAAAUAUCAAUUUCGAGCCGUCGGAGAUCAAUGGUGGUUCAAGGCCUGGUACACCGUCUUCUAGGUAUGGCGGAAGUCCGAGACGACCACUGCCUCCUGCACCGCUUUUCUCAGGUCCAGGUGCUUCAGCAAGAAACUCGACCUUUGCAGAUGACGCCACGAUUGCCAUCCCACUUGAAAACGACAUUGGUGACGGCGACGACGUGUUCGGUCCAUCAAGUCCUACGAAAUCCGGAGCCAGACAUGGCCUGAAAAAUCGCGAUUCCUAUAUGACGAGUGUGACUCUACAAAAUGAAGAUGACGAUCAGUACGAGGACGACUACGAACAUUAUGGCCCGGCCCCAGAUGGCAAGCAAGAGAGACGCGGUGCCAGACAGGCACAAAUGGCGAAAAAGGAGGUUAAGCUCAUCAAUGGCGAGCUGAUCCUCGAGUGUAAGAUCCCAACUAUUCUCUACAGUUUCCUGCCCAGGAGAGACGAGAUCGAAUUUACUCACAUGCGGUACACGGCCGUGACAUGCGACCCCGAUGAUUUCGUGUCCAAAGGCUACAAACUCCGCCAGAAUAUCGGCUCGACAGCCCGAGAAACGGAACUCUUCAUCUGUAUCACCAUGUACAACGAGAACGAAAUCGAUUUCACGCGUACAAUGCAUGCAGUCAUGAAGAACGUCGCUCAUUUCUGCGGCCGGUCCAAAUCCCGCACUUGGGGUGAACAUGGAUGGCAGAAAAUAGUAGUCUGCGUCAUCGCCGAUGGUCGUCAGAAAGUCAAUCCUAGAACUCUUGAUGCUCUGGCAGCAAUGGGUGUCUAUCAAGACGGCAUUGCCAAGAAUCUCGUCAACCAGAAAGAAGUUCAGGCUCACGUGUACGAGUACACUACACAGGUAUCCCUCGACUCUGAACUCAAAUUCAAGGGUGCAGAGAAGGGUAUUGUACCCUGUCAGAUGAUCUUCUGUAUGAAGGAGAAGAACGCUAAGAAGUUGAACUCCCAUCGUUGGUUCUUCAAUGCUUUCGGAAGAGCUCUUACACCAAAUAUCUGUAUUCUCCUCGAUGUUGGCACUAAACCUGGUGGAAACUCUCUCUACCAUCUCUGGAAAGCUUUUGAUACCGACUCGAACGUCGCAGGCGCCUGUGGUGAAAUUAAAGCCAUGAAAGGCAAAUACGGCACAGGUCUCCUCAACCCCCUCGUUGCCUCCCAGAACUUCGAAUACAAACUAUCCAAUAUCCUAGACAAACCGCUCGAAUCGGUGUUCGGCUAUAUCACUGUGUUACCUGGUGCGUUGAGUGCGUAUCGGUACCAUGCUUUGCAGAAUGAUCAUACGGGUCAUGGGCCGCUGAGCCAGUAUUUCAAGGGAGAGACGCUGCAUGGACAGAACGCAGACGUCUUUACAGCGAAUAUGUACCUUGCUGAAGAUAGAAUUCUGUGUUGGGAGCUGGUUGCUAAGAGGGAUGAGAAGUGGGUGUUGAAGUAUGUGAAGAGUUGUACGGGGGAGACAGAUGUUCCUGAUGCCGUUCCCGAAUUCAUCUCCCAACGCCGUCGCUGGCUCAAUGGAGCCUUCUUCGCAGCAGUCUACUCCCUGGUACACUUCCGGCAAAUCUGGCACACCGAUCACACGAUCGGACGCAAGAUCCUGCUUCAUAUCGAAUUCGUCUACCAAUUCAUCAACCUGUUAUUCACCUACUUCUCUCUCGCCAACUUCUACCUAACCUUCUACUUCGUCGCUGGCUCCCUCUCUGAUCCAACAAUCGAUCCCUUCGGCCACGGUAUCGGCAAAGUCAUCUUUGUCAUCUUCAGAUACACGUGUAUCCUUCUCAUCUGCACACAAUUCAUCCUCUCAAUGGGCAAUCGUCCGCAAGGAGCCAAGAGGCUAUAUCUCAUGAGCAUGAUCAUCUACGCUAUCAUCAUGAUGUACACCAUCUUCGCCGCCUUCUGGAUCAUCAUCAAGCAGCUCACAGCAAAAGACUCCCAACUCAAAUUCGGCAACAACGCCUUCACCAAUCUCUUCGUCUCCACAGCCUCCACAAUCGGCCUCUACUUCCUCAUGAGCUUCCUCUACCUCGACCCCUGGCACAUGUUCACCUCCUCCGCACAAUACUUCAUCCUCCUCCCAAGUUACAUCUGCACGUUACAAGUCUACGCCUUCUGCAACACGCACGACAUCUCCUGGGGCACCAAAGGAGAUAACGUGAUCCACACCGACCUCGGCGCCGCCACGGGCCACGGCUCCGGCGACUCCAAAACCGUCGAGUUGGAAAUGCCCUCCGAACAACUCGACAUCGACUCCGGCUACGACGAAGCCCUGCGCAACCUCCGCGACCGCCUGGAGGUCCCUCAACCCACCACUUCCGAAGCCCAGCAGCAGGAAGACUACUACAAGAGCGUGCGCACGUACAUGGUUGUAUGCUGGCUUGUUGCGAACGCGAUCCUUGCCAUGGCGGUGAGCGAGACGUAUGGCCCUAAAGCUGUCAGUGAUAAUGCGUAUUUGAAGAUUGUGCUGUGGAGCGUGGCGAGUUUGGCGCUGUUUAGGGCGCUGGGGAGUAGUACGUUUGGGGUGAUUAAUUGUGUGGAGGCGGUGGUGGAGGGGAGGGUGAAGUUUAGUAUGAAGGCGCCGAAGUGGAUGGGGGGGUUUGGGGAGAGGGUUGGGGAGAAGUGGAGGGAUGGGAUGAGUAGUGUUGGGGGGAGUAGGAAGGGGUGAGGUGUGAAGGUUGUGGUGGAUAGAAAGAAGAGGCGAAAGGGCUUGAUUUUUGGGUGUUUGGUUCGGUUCGGUCUGGUCUGGUCUGGUCUGGUUCGGUAUGGGUAAUGGAUGGAUGAUAUGGGCUAGGCUGGAAUGGACCACCACAGGAUGGAUGGAAUAUACUGGGAAAUGAUGAUUGUCAUGACAGGAAGAAAAUUUUGAACUGCAAAUGUGGUGUUCAUCUUGUUGAUCUACCUCGGGCUGCAGUUCGGAGCUAUGUUGGAGUCUAUCUGUUGUGUUCUGUGGUCUUGUACAGUAGGUAUCAAAUCCUCUACAAAGUCGAUGGCGUUUUUUGAUCCAGGUCGGCGUUGGGGAAUAUAAAUCAAGGGUUCAUUCACGAUGUGUUGACUUCGCUCUUUGAUUCUUUCAUGUGGCUGUGACUAUAACUUAAUUGAUUGGGCUCAAUCUCUGUCAUACAUUGGAAUCAUUACCAAUUAUUGCUUGGCCAGUGAAUGGUUCAUGUUAUGCUUAUUCAACAAGAGAGACUGUGGGAUAAGAUGUGAUGGGUAGGGGUACAUAUAAGGUGCGAUCCACUUCUCUGCUGAAGGGAUGUCAAGAACAGAG